AUGGCUCCGUUUUGGGAAUUCCGCGUUCACUCCGAGCCCAACCCGCACCCGCAGCUCGGCAGAAAACCUCGGCCCAGCGCGCUUCUCAUCCCCGAACCCGUCGACCCUCCGCCCACCCCACGCCCCCUCGCCUCCCAACUCCCGCGCCCCUCUGCGCCGCUCCCGAAAAUCCGCACCGAACCGCUGUGGCUCAAUCAGCCGCCAGUUUUCUUCUCCAGCCAUCCAAUCGCGCCCAUCGCCGAGCCCGCCGCCUCGUCGCUUCCGCCGUCUCUUGCGCCACCUCCGGCUCCGCGCCCUGCGCAGGCGCGGAAGCCGCGUCAGCGCCCGCCGCGGCAGCCGAAACUCUGGGACCUCAUUCCCGAGCUCCCCCCUGCGCCACGCCCCUACAAGGUCCCCCAACCCUCCAGCGGCGACGUCCCUUCCGCCGCGCUCGUACAUACUCACGGCCAGCCGUUUGCGCCGCCGUUCUGGCAGCCGGCCCCGCGGAAUCCUAGCCGGCAGGUGUCAAUCGGUUUCCCGACAGCGGGCGCUGGCGGCGUUAUAGAUCUGUCGACGUGGGGAUCCGCCAACACCGCUGCGCGCGGGGUAGGAACAGUUCGGAGGGGGGAAAGGCCGGGAGAAAUCCCGCAGAUUCGAGUGAAUUCCAGCGCGGGCGCGAAUCGGGAAAAGCGGGACACGCGGCAGCUUCGGAACCCCGCCGAAUCGAAAUCCGCCCAGGUCUCGCAGACUAGAGUUCCGCUGGUGUCGCAGUCGCGCGAGGGGUCGACAGCGUCGUCAGCCGCGGCGCCAAUCGCGGCGCGAGAGGCAUCCGUAGGGGGCGCCGCUGCUUCCAGCGUUCCCGUUAAGGAAUACACACUCUCCGUUGAUGCAACUUCGUUGGAUCUCGCACGGGCCAGGCAGCACCGAGACUCGUGCACCUGCUCAGUUGACUACGCCUCGCUCUGGGGUUCAUUACUCUCUGCUGCUGCAGAAGUUGCAGUGGUGGUUGGUGAUGUUGCUUCGCUCAUUGCACCUCAAUCACCCACGCCUCUAACACUAACAAGCAGUGCUGGAAAUCCUCCUCCUGCAUCUGCUAUAAGACCCACUAUUGCCGUAGUUACCCAAUACGAACAGCAGCAGGACGACAAGCUUCAAUCCAGCCAGCCUCACAAUGAGCCCGUUCUGAUUCCAAGCCACGAACACACACAGCAUGCGCAUAACCUCGCGCCCCCUAUCGGCCGCAAGCCGCGUCCCACCGUUUUGCUGAUUCCCGCAGUCCUUCCUCCGCCAGCCUCCCCUCUUCCGCUUCCGCCGGCCCAUCACCGGCGCCCCGACCAAAUACAGGCGCGCGCGCAACAGCUGCAGGGGGAGCCGCAUGCGCGCCAGGGCGGUCCGCACAGGCGCGCGCGCCAGCUCAAGAUCUGGGAUCUGCAACCCGAGCUCCCGCCGGCCCCUCAUCUGCGGCAUGACCGCGCGCUUGAGCGCGAGUUCGCGCAGCAACUCCGCAAUCUCCCGCCGGAGCUGCCGCCGGCCUCCCAACCGGACGUGGGACUGCCCGAGGCGCCGCCUAGUGACGGCGCGUGCGGCGGCGGCGCGCCCGGGCGAAGCGGCUUGUGCUCCCCGAAUGGCGGCGGGCUAUGCGGCACCGCCCAUUGCGCUCGCUGUGACUGGCUCAGUCGGCCGAAACGAUGGCCGUCGAUCGGCUUCCCCGUGCGGCGAACCGCGCAACUUGCGCAGCAGGUGGAACGGGUGGCGCAUCCUGCGCGGCGGAUCGACGAGCCUGCGCCCUUCCGCGCGGGGACCGAAGAGUUUCCGCCGCCCCCGUGCGCCUUCACCUCUACUCCCGCGGAUCUCCCUCUCGCAACGCCCCGCGCUUCCCGAGGCAUGGCCGAACCAUGGGGCGGAUCGGCGGAGCUGGUGCAGGCCUUGGGCCGCGGAGGGCUGGCGGAAUCGGGUGCGGCCCUGGGGGGGGGUUGGCGGAAGCUUCCUGCGCCUGGGUGGUACCGGCGGCGGGAUUGGGGGAUCGUGAGUGCGCGGAAUGCAAUCCGCGGAGUAUCUGUGCGCGCAUCAUCCGGAGCUGUGGCUCCGCUUCCGGUUUCCCCAACAACGCAGCGUGCUCCCCCAAUGGCGAGCCAUGCUCCUACCGACGUCCCUGCUGUGCCCGAACGGAGUGGCAACGAAUGUGCAGCAGUUGAAGCGGACCCGCGCAACAAAUCCCACCGCGCCACGUGUCUCCCCAUCAGUGGCGAAGCCAUCCAGACCCACGUGGCGUCCUUCUGGCUGAAUGUGCUGGAACAUUUGGAGUUUCUGGGGGAGGUGUCAUCUGCGUUCCUGGGGGAGACUGUACCUGGAGGACGAAACAGGCGGGAACUGGGGGAGGAGUGGAGCGGAACUCAGGCAGGAAGCAGCAUUAGCGGGCAGCCUUAUAGCCGUGAGCGUGAGCAAACCAUAGGGGCAGCAGCAGCAGCACUAGUGAUGGGGGGAAGUGAUGGUGAGAGAUUGUGCAAUGCGGUUGUGUAUGGGCAAAAGGGGGAGGCUACUGCUGCCAUGCAAGCUCGCCUACUGUCUGACCCUACCAUUCUUUCACCAGACAUGCGCUGCCGUGAUUUCAGUGGUUUCAACAUCGGCGACCUUACCAUGAGUGGCCCUGUUGGUGCCGCCUUGUGUGGCACUACUACACUUAUAAGUCUGAAAGAUCUCGCAUCUCCUCCCUUGACUUCCCUGCAGCCUCUCCCCAUGGCGUCCUCCUUCCACCUGGGGGAGGUGUUAUCUGCAGUGCCUCCUGGUCAAGGCACCACUGCUAAGAACCGCACUGAAACGGGCCGACCGUACCUGCGUGUCCGAUCCACCCUAUCAGGCCAGUUAAGCGGCAUUGACACGUGUCGCAAGGGGACUGGCCACAGCCCUGCAUCCAUUCUGGACUCACCUGUUCCUUCUGAUGACUCUGGCUGUGACUCUCGCCCUGAGCUAAUGUGGGGCCAGCCCACACUCCUACUUGGGUACUAA